AUGGGUGCCGCAGCCACCAAGGGGACCGCAACCUCACCGUGGGCGCCACGACCACCAAGGGGACCGCGACCCCACUGUGGGUGUCGCGGCCACCAAGGGGACCGCAACCCCACUAUGUGGGCCGUGACCCACACAGUGGCCAAGGCCGCUGCAUGGGCCGCGACCCACCCAGUGGGGCAUCUCACUGAAAAGGCUCAUACUACUUUUGAUAAGUUUAAGAAGAUCAUGAGCUCUUGUCCAGUUUUGGCAAUUCCAGAUUUCUCCAAGCCCUUCGAGUUACAGUGUGAUGCAUCUGGAGAAGGUGUUGGGGCUGUUUUGAUGCAAGACAAGCAUCCCAUUGUGUUUGAGAGCAGAAAAUGA